CAACGUCUUCUUUUAUCAUAAAAACCUAAGAAUUUUCUAAGAAAAUGGCGAAGAUCGCCUCUCUUUUGGUCGCAGUUAUCUUCUACGCAAUGUUUUUCAUGAAGAUCAGUUCAGUUUCUGCAGGGUGGUUGCGAGCUCAUGCGACCUUCUAUGGUGGAAGUGAUGCUUCUGGUACAAUGGGUGGAGCUUGUGGUUAUGGAAACUUAUAUACGGAUGGUUACAAAACAAACACUGCGGCAUUGAGCACAGCACUGUUCAAUGACGGCAAGUCAUGUGGUGGAUGUUACCAGAUUGUCUGCGACGCAUCCAAAGUGCCACAAUGGUGUCUUAGAGGCAGAUCAAUCACAAUUACUGCCACAAACUUUUGUCCACCAAACUUUGCUCAGGCAAGUGACAAUGGGGGAUGGUGCAACCCACCAAGACCUCACUUCGACAUGGCUCAACCUGCCUUUCUCACCAUCGCUAAGUACAAAGCUGGAAUCGUCCCCAUCCUCUACAAAAGGGUUGGAUGCAGAAGAAGUGGAGGGAUGAGAUUCACAAUGAAUGGUAGGAACUAUUUCGAGCUGGUUCUCAUCUCAAACGUAGGAGGAGCUGGUGAGAUCUCUAAAGUUUGGAUUAAAGGCUCUAGAAGCAAGAAAUGGGAGACUAUGUCAAGAAACUGGGGAGCUAACUGGCAAAGCAACACCUACCUUAAUGGCCAAUCUCUUUCUUUCAAAGUUCAACUCAGCAAUGGAAGAAUCAAAGCAGCUCUCAACGUCGUUCCUUCCAAUUGGCGGUUUGGUCAGAGCUUCAAGAGCAACAUCCAGUUCUAAUCAUAUAAGCAAAAACAAUGUUAUAACCGGGUUAAUGGUUUUUUUUUUCCCUCUCCAUCUUACACUUUUGUAUCGUUUGUAUUUACUUUCUUUGUUUUCUAGCUUUAUCAUAGUCUUGCUUCCAGAGAGUUUAUAAUCUGGGGAAGACUCAAGCAGUGAUGAUUAUAUUUGUACAUUUU